UAUAGAGAAAGACAGCCUUCAAUUCUCCAUCUUCAGAUAACAAUCUCUUUCCCCACUAAUUCCUUUUCUCUAAUGCUUUCAACAUUCUCAAUGGAAUACGACGGAUUGCUUUGAAUCUCAUUAGGAAACAGUUUGUUUUACAGAUGGGGUUUCUAGAUCUAUUCUCAGCUGCAUCUAUCCCUAUUCUUAAAGUUCUUAUAAUUACUGCAUUAGGCUCAUUUCUUGCCUUGGAUUCUAUCGAUAUCUUGGGAGAAAGUACAAGGAAGCAAGUCAAUAAUAUUGUAUUCUUUGUAUUCAGUCCAGCACUAGUGGGAAGCAAUCUUGCUAAAACAAUCACUCUCGAAAGCAUCAUUUCCAUGUGGUUUAUGCCUAUUAAUAUUCUUAUUACAUACAUAAUUGGGUCAUCACUUGGAUGGGUGCUUUUGAUCAUCACUAGACCACCUCAACAUCUAAAAGGUCUCAUCCUUGGUGCUUGUGCAGCAGGAAACUUAGGAAGCUUGCCUUUGAUUAUAGUUCCAGCUGUAUGCAAAGAAAAAGGAAGUCCCUUUGGUGACCCUAAUGUUUGUCGAGAGUAUGCCAUGGCUUAUGCUUCAGUAUCUAUGGCUAUUGGAGCAAUAUUUUUGUGGACUUAUGUGUAUAACCUAGUACGGGUAUUCUCGAGUGAUUACCAAGAUUCUGGUAACAAUGGUGUCAAAGAAACGGUAGCCAUGCAAGAGGGUUUGAGUGAAAGCUUGCUUCCAUCAUCUUCAUCUAUUAUUCAGAUGAAGGGAAAAGCUAAGGUGAUGUUAGACACAAUGACGCAACAUUUGGUGAACUUUUUACGUGGGAUUGACUUGAAGGUGGUGUUGGCACCCUCAACCGUUGGAGCGAUUGUGGGAUUCAUCGUUGGAACAAUCGCACCAAUGCGAAAGUUACUAAUUGGCACAACAGCUCCUCUUCGGGUGAUCCAAGAUUCUGCAUCCUUAGUAGGAGAUGCUGGGAUCCCGACUAUGACAUUAAUUAUGGGUGGUAACCUUUUAAAAGGUCUCAAAGGAUCUGGGGUGUCGUUAUCAAUUGUGUUUGGAAUCGUAGCAGUUCGGUUAGUUUUGUUGCCAUUUUUUGGUAUUUCAAUUGUGAAAGGAGCACUUUACGUGGGUUUAGUGCAUGCGGAUCCUCUUUAUCUUUUCGUUCUUCUACUACAGUUUGCGCUUCCUCCUGCAAUAAACAUUGGCACAAUGACACAGUUAUUUGGAGCUGGUGAGAGUGAAUGUUCUGUGAUUAUGUUGUGGGCGUAUGGUUUGGCGUCGAUAUCACUUACCCUUUGGUCAAUGUUCUUCAUGUGGCUAGUGGCUUGAUUUGUUUCGUUUGACUGAUGCUAAGUUGUUUAUUUGCGGAUCACGAAAAUUCCAAAAUCGGGAGUGAGCUUUUUCACUAUAUAAUGAAAAAGACUGAUGAUCAUUGAGAUAGUGUUCGAGCAAUGCCUAUGAGAAAAAGAUGACACAUUUAGGCUUAAAUCGUUGUCGUCAAAUUGUCAUUGUACGAAUAAUGUCGAUGGUCAAUGGGCACCAAAUUCAGUUAAUUAAGAUUAUUAAAAUGUAGAAUCUUUGAUUUAUAUUUGUCUGGUGGUAAAAACAUAAAAAUGUGAAUUUCAAGUAUUUAAUUUUUGAUUUUCAAAACAUAAAAUGAGUCGAAG